AUGAGGGACGAGAUCAACAGUACCAGGGACGAGGCUAAGGCCCUCGGAGAGAAGAACAAAGAGCAUUUUGACCAAGUCGCCGCUGAAGUUUUCAAACACCCGUGGAUUCAACGGAUAUGUAACCAGAUUUCCGACGAGUUACGCCAAAACCUGGAUUGGAUUGGCAUUCCCGAGAAGCCUGAUGGCUUCAAGAUGCUAGAUUAUGCCUGCGGUAACGGCGUUGCUUCUCGUGCACUCGCCCCAUAUGUCUCCGUCGUCCGCGGUAUUGACAUCUCAUCCAAGAUGGUUGAGCAAUAUACCAUGCUUGCAGAAGCUGCUGGAUUUAACCCAGAGAGAAUGAGAGCCAUACAUGGAGACUUGAUGGAUCCCGAAGCAUCACCCUCUCCUGAGCUUGACACUCCAGAAUUCAACGACUUUGAUCUCAUUGUCAUGUGCAUGGCUCUCCACCAUGUACAAGACUACGCAGCUAUGAUUCAGAGACUGAGCGAAAAGCUCCGUCCUGAUGGUGUGCUUCUGAUCAUCGAUCUGGUUGCUUCAUCAGAGAGUGGCUGCCCCGAAGCCCCUAGAUCCAUAGAGUUGUCUAACCAUACCAUGUCGAAAAUGGGUUUUACAGAAAUGGAAAUCAAAACUGCAUUUGAGAAAGCCGGCUUGGGUGAUUGGUCUUGGAGAUGGUGCUCUGAGAGAUCCCAGGUCCCUGAGGAGAUAGGUGGUGAACAGCAAGGGUUUUUCGCCAGAGGCUGUAAGAGCGUUGGGGCGAGUGAGACCAAGUAG